ACGAUCAGUUCUCUUCCACCCAUUGGCCCUAGAACGUUCUGUCCGAUCAAUCAGGCAACUGUCCAGGGGGGAACAGAAGCCACAACAUUCGGUGUCCAUCCGCGGGAAAGUGUAGACGUGCCGUAAUAGUAAGUGCAUUACAUCAGCAACUCCGGCUCGCUCAGUGUGCCUACAGCAGCUCAAAUCGGUAUCCACCUGGAAUAACCCAACAGGUUAGCCAGCCGAGAAUCAGUAGCGAACAAACCACGGCGCGGAUCGUAUGCACAUAAUCAUCUUUAUUCUCACGACGCGAUCGCAUUCACGCGGGUGUACAGUCUGUACACACAUAAAACUAACCGGUGGAAAGUGAGGUCUGAGCAAACAAAACAAUAUAAAGUAGUGUGUUGAAAUUGCCGGUGGUGAGACAGCUGGGAAAAGCUUGGUCCAGAAAUCUCGGAAUCCGCUUGCAAAGUGUAUUGUUGGAAUACCGUGCCUCGGACAGUAUUGCUAGCUAACAGGAAACUGAUGUAGAGUGUCAUCACAGUUAACAGUACGUUAGUGAAUGAAGUUUUCACUUUCACGUUGUGGUUAGCUGCCGCCAGCUUUGUUGGAUACGCCCAAAACGGUUGCAAGGAAGCCUUACAGAUCGCACACCAGAAAUGCAUCACACAAGAUUCCAGAUUCGGAUAGCAGACUCCUGCAUAGCCCUGCUCAUACUGCUAGUGAUAGACACCUGCCUGCAGCACGUGACAUCCGAUGAAUGUGUCAGCACAAAGAGCGAUCGUCACCGUACGAUUAUGGAAAAGUACAGAGGCUCUGCCAAUUGGAACGCGAUUCUAACAGAAGACACAUUGCAUCUAAAUGAAAAUCAGACCGAAAUGGACCUUUCCAAGCAAGGCUUCAGUGCGGUCCACUGGCAUCUGAGUAGUAUCGUCGGCGAAGGAUACGAUGUGUACGAACUCGAUAUGUCCUACAAUAACAUCGAUGAGCUGAACGAGCUGACAUUUCUAAAAUUCUAUUCGCUAGAAUCGAUGAAUCUUUCGUACAAUCGAAUAACUGUAGUGCACAAUUUGACCUUCGGUUCGUUGAUUCGUUUGAUGGAUUUAGAUUUGUCUUACAACUUUAUCCACACGAUCGAGAAGGAAGCCUUCAAUCGUCUGUACGGCCUGGAGUCACUGAACCUACGAGAAAACUGUUUGAUUACGCUGAACGAGCAUCAGUUCCAUUUUAAUGAUCACCUUUCUUUAGUACACUUGGAUCACAACCAGCUAUCGUUCCUACCUUCAGUUCUGUUCGAUGUACCGGCCAUGGUUGAGGAACUAUUUGAACUCGAUCUAUCGUUCAACCACUUUCGACGUAUGCCUUAUAUAGAAGCGAAAGAAAUCGGCAUGCUGAAAAUCGACAACAAUCAAAUCAAUAUUUUAUCGGUCAACCGUACCUACAAUGUGCGAGCGUUGGAAGCUCAUCACAACGAUAUUCAGGAUGCUGACCUCUUCCAAUUCAGUUCCGCGGAACACAUCGAUCUAUCACACAAUCAUUUAGACAACAUCGCCGGUUUACACGAAAUGAAUCAACUCGAAUAUUUGGAUCUGUCAUCCAAUAACGUUACAAAGUUUGAUUAUAACUUGAAAUAUUCUAUUCGAAACGUUCCGACGUUGACAACUCUGCGACUUCAAAACUGUAGUCUCACAGAGGAAAACAUGGAGGGUCUGCUAGCUUCGGAAUCCCUGCUGAAUUUAGACCUAUCGCAGAACAGCUUCGUUCACUUGAACAUGAGCCACCUAUCUAAGCUGAAAUCGCUCCAAUAUAUGAGCUUGAACUUCAACUUUCUCCAAGAACUAAUCGAUUACGAGCGUAUGGCAACGCAUUUUCCCUACCUCGAAAUGAUUUCGCUAUCCUUCAACCGAUGGAACUGUUCGUACUUUGACAAAGUAUUGGCCUACCUGAACCAAACCCACAUUCGGACAACAACUGAUCCUCGAGAUUGCUGGAUCAACGGUAGCCACGUGACUGAUUCGGAUGUCCAGGACACAUUCGAGCCGGACUACACCUUGAACCAGGUGAAACGGGAUAUGAACGUUGUAAAGAACCUUGGUCGCAGUAUAACGUACCUAAUGUAUCUCAUGAACUACAACAUGCGUGGAGUGAGCAACCAUACCCAGUUCUUGCUACUGCAGAAUGAUCGAAAGAUGCAACGAAUGGACGUGGAAAUUAGUCACUUAUUCGGGAUGGUUGCUUUCAUGGUGGCAGUAUUCUGUGUCAUGCUGGUGCUUGCGCUAGCCUACGGAUUACGGGUGCUGUACAGGAAAUGGCAAAUGAACCGAUCGGUCAAAGUGGUUACAUACAGUAACAAACGGAACAAUGAGUUCAGCAACGGUGUUGCUGUCAACGAAGUUAUACGUGAUAAUAUUUAAGGUAGUGGUUGUCCCGUGCAUGGAGGGUGCCAUAACUGUACCAAAUGUGAGAAAAGUUUUAACUAAAGUGAUAUUGAUAAAAGAAGUAAAUUUUUUUUUUUAAAUUU